AACUACCGUCCUUAGCUUUCUCGAGUGCACUUUUUGCGGUACAAUAUUCGCCGAAACUUUGUUUGCCCAUGACAUGAAAAGCUUUUGUAUCGUAUGCGCAACGUAAUAUAUCUUCGCUAGGAUGCCCACAUCACAGGCCUCCCGAAGCACGCUUUCAAUGCGUGAAAAAGCUAUGCUAAAGCAGGAGAUAAACAAAAGACACAAUGGAAACUUCUCUGCUGGGUACGUUCCUAUCUUUGAGAAUUCGCUGCACAAAACUGGUUUACGGGGUCGGAAAGCAUUUCUCUUCUAUGGCUUGGUGGUGGGACUCUUCGUUGUUUCUCUCGCCAACCUUGCGGUGACCGUGAUGCUGCUGGGUGUUUUGCGCAUUGGAUAUGGCAUGGAAAGCCUUGAGUUUCUUCCCAGUGGUCGGCUGUUGAGGUUCCUAAACAAUGCUGACCUUGGGACGGUUAUUCCGCACAAAGGUGUCAUUGGAGGUUUUAAGGACACAGAUCUGCACAUCAUUGGAGAGUCACAACCGGUUGUUGUGCGGACUUCAGUGGAUAAGCAAGCUAGUCGGCAGAUGUCCGACAUUGCUGGGCCAAGCUUGGAAGUUGGCCCUGACUGGACAGUAGUGAGCAAUGUCAAGGAAUUUAGAGUCCGCAGCCCAACCACAGGCCGCACAAUCUUUUCAACUGAAUAUCAGGGUUUCCAACUUCCUAAGGGUAUUCCAAAUCUCAGCGUCAAAGAGGCCCAUGUGUCACGGCUCACCAGCGCCAAGCGUGACCCAUUGAUCAUUUCAUCUCCUUACCAAAUCCUACUCAAAGGCAAUGGAGGACUGGAUAUGGAAGGACACAACAUCACUUGGUCAGCAGGACACAACAUCUUUCUUAGGAGUGUGAACCAGAGCCUUACUCUGGACGGCAGCAACGGCAUCCGUAUCCUAGCUGCUGGUUUGCCACGCUCCGAGAACCCUUCAAGCGAUGCCUUGUACUGGUACAAGCUCUGUGUGUGCAUGCCUUCUGGCCGCAUCUUCCGCGUACCAGUUCGGGAGCAAGGUUUUGGAUGCGGAGACGUGAGGUUUCCAGAGAGCGUCAACCCCUGUACCUAGGUGCUACUGUGCGGCAUCCUACUCAUUAUCUCCACAUUUCUAAGCUAGUCAUAACAUAUAUCUUUAGGUUUGAACCAGUAGGUUUGCUGAGGUCAUGAUUGUCAAUUUUCUUGUUUGUAUCUUACAGUUGUCAUUGCUAUUGGAUGUAAUGUAGAAACAACCCUUACCACGCUAAAUGUCUUUUUUUUUCUUUACAGAAAUUUUUGUUAAUCAUUCUACGGCUAAUUCAUGUUGAAUGACUUUUGUUAUUGUAAUAUAAAUGGUAUUAUUUUCUCUUGUCUCUUA